AUGGCAUGCCCUUAUGGUAACCACCAGGAGCAGCAGCAGACCACGCAUGUUGUCUCAUCGGAUUGGACCUUGGAAGAACAGGCUGUUUUUCAAGAAGGACUCAUUCAGCACAAGCUUCCAUUGCAUUCUGUGCCUAUAUUUUACUAUGGAUUCAUUGUUAUCAUAUUGUUUUUCUUGUUAGCAUCAGUGCCUUUCACAACACGCUAUGCAGCAAUAGCAAAACAGCUGCCUAAUAAGGAUGUCCGGAAAGUAGCACAGCAAGUCAAGUUGAUGAAUGAAAAAGAAAGGGGCAAGAGAAGGAAGGAUGGUCAUAUUUUGAAAAGGGAAAGAAAAGAUAAAAAGGAAAAAGUUUCUCAUCCUGCAGCGAAAUCAUCUGCUUUUGCUGCUCGACCCAAUGUUUCCCCAUAUGCUCCAAUGAUUGUGAUGGACAAUGAUGAUGGCAUCUCUUCCAAAGCAAUUGGAGGUCCUACAGGUGAGCUGUUAGAGCAAAAUGCACAGGCUUUGAAACAAAUCUCUGCAAAUAUUAAUGCUGCUAGUAAGUAUCAGGAUAGCAUCAAACUUUUCUGCCAAACGAGAGAUAACAUUGAUAAAAUUUUGAACAAUUUUAAUGACAUGUCAGAGGUAAUGAAGAAAAUGCCACCUCUUCCUGUGGAAAUCGAUGAAAAAUUAUUUAGCCAUCUCCAACCUUCCAGCAACAAAUCUACAGAUGCAAUAACGAUGUUUGCUUAUUCAUCAAGAUCUCGUUGA